AUGAUGUCCGUUGAAAGUUCACCUGUAAAUACACCAUCUUUAAAUUGGGCUGAUAUUGAAGUGGAAGAUAAUCCAUAUAUUUAUGAACAAGACGACGAUGCCUUUGUUCCAACUUCAUCGACCACCACUUCAAGCUCUGGCUCUUCUAGCAAAUCAUCCAACAACAACUCAAAGAAAAAGAACAAGAACAAAUCGAAAUCAAAGUCUGACAAGUCAGCUGCCAAGAAACAACAGAAACCACAGUCACCUUCAAAGCAAUCGCCACCAACUCAACCACAAUCCACUGACAAAUCAUUGCCAUCGCCAUUCUCUGGAAAAUCAUUACCACAACAAUCGAAACCAGCCGACUCCAAACCAACCACCACUUCAACUACUUCAACAACUUCCACAUCCAAACCACAAUCGCCUGCUUCUUCUUCAAAACAAACAAAAUCGACAUCUUCCACUUCAUCUUCAACCUCAAAAGGUCCAAAGUGCGAAAUUUUAUUUACAGAGAUCACCUUGACUGAGGUGGAAGGUGGUGAGCAACAGUUGGUAGAUCAACAAAAGGAGGAGAUUGAAAUGUUUUUCGCAAUUUUUGGUCCAAUUGAAUCAAUUGAAUCAAACUGGUCUGAGAGAAGCGCUCUUGUUGUCUACCAGCACCCAGCCGACGCUAAGAAUGCUUUGACCCAAUUUAAAUCGGUAUCGAAACUCGAAGACCAUUUGUCUGCAUUGCAAGCACGUCGUCCCAAACUUCUUAUCAAUUUGAAGAAUAUUUGGAAUAUUAAGGCAGUCGCCAAGACCCCAGCAGCAUCAUCGAGCUCCGCUGCCACCACCAAAACAAAGCCAAGCGCCACAGCACCUUCCACCACCAAAACACCAGCAUACCCACCACCACCAGCACCAGCCAGACACCACCUUUUCAGCAACGGACAUCACCACCAACGCUCACCACGCGGUGAAUGGAGACCUGCUGGAUUCUCAAGGAGUCAGCAACAACAACAACAACAAUCUCAACAAACUCAAUCAGCCUGGUGA